AUGACGGCCAUCUACGUCAAGAAUCGACUGCCGUCACCUAAAGUCGUGCACAAGACCCCGUUUGAGAUCGUCUACAACUUGAAACCAAGCGUCAAGCACAUGCGAACAUUCGGGUGUCAGACAUACAUACUGACGCCUAAAGAGAAUCGACUCAAGUGGGAUCCAAAGGCUCGCGCUGGCAUAUUCGUGGUCUACGAAGAAGUUUCGAAGGCAUAUCGUGUUUAUGACAUCGAGGCGGGGCAGGUGGUUAUCAGCCGCGAUGUCAACUUCGAAGAGUCCACCUUUGGACUUCAACUGCCGAUCACUGAUGAAGAUGUCGAUGACCUGGACUUCGAAUUGCUGGAUCUUGAUGACGAAGAGCUGCGUCAAAUGGAGUACAAGCAAAUAGGCAAGCGCAAGAACCGACUCAAUGAUGAAGAUACAGCACCUCCACGACCGCGUGCAGUGCGUCAACGACCAGGACUAGAAGAGUCAAGCGCGCCGGAAAACAACUCGUCACGACAAGAAGAAGACGAAGAAACGAAGGAUUCUGGUGAUUCAACACCGCCUGUGUUUUGGCGUGCGAGUGCAAAUGCCGUUGAAGCAGCAGUGAACUUAUCAGAGCCCUCAACAUUUGAAGCAGCAGUAAGCGACCCUGACCAAGUGCACUGGAGAAAAGCAAUUCAUGCAGAGCUCGAGUCAAUGCGACUUCGCGGUGUGUUUCGUGCAGCCAAGCUGCCCAACGGACAACGCGCCAUUGGCACAAAAUGGGUGUUCAAGAUCAAGCGCAAGGCGGAUGGUGAUGAACUUUAG